AGAUGGGGUCCUCGAUGUAUCACACAAUAUCGUCACUCCUAAGAGAAGCACUGUUAUUCAGUGUUUUGUUUCUGGUUUUGCGGUACAUGUACAAACUGUUCUUAGCUCCAUUGUUUUCUCCACUAAGAAAGAUACCAGGAUGUCCAUUCAUACCACUGGUCGGGAACAUGCUAGAGGCUCGUAAAGCUGAGCCAAUGACAAAUACAAUCAGAUGGAUGCAAAAAUAUAAGUCAAAAAUCAUUCGCUUCUACUACUUUGGAGGGCAGGAAAGACUUCUGGUUGCAGAUCCAGAAAUUUGCCGCCAAGUUUUAGUCACAAACAGUCGCAACUAUAAACGAGCAGGGAUUCAGUCAUUUUUUCAGAGGUUGACGGGAACUGCUCCGCUAUUUGUCCUGUCAGGAGAGCCUCAUCAUGUGAUCAGGAAGAUCUCCAAUCCAGCCUUCUCCCCAACUGUCUUAUUUGAUAUGAUUCCUGUAUUUCAAGAGAAAGCACUUAAUCUAGGCAAGAAAUGGGAUUAUUCACAGAAUGAGCAUGCAGAUGUUCAGCUACAGAAAGAUCUCCAGACAAUGACUUUAGAUGUAAUCUGCAAAUGUGGUUUUGGUUAUGACACAGACUUCCUUAAAAAUCCCAGCUCCUCUGAGGAUGAAGAUGGAAUUCGUUCUAUAGUUAGUGGAGUCAGAGAUGGGUUUUUUGACUUUCUCCCCUUUUCGGAUUACUUCCCUACAAAAGCCAAGAUGAAACUAAAGAAAGAUGUCAAAUUUACUAAAGCAUUGACAGAAAAGAUUAUUGAAAGCCAGAAGAAUGAAAAGUCAACUAGAAGAGAUAUUCUAACAAUGUUGACUACAGCUUGUGACGCGGAAGGAUCACACCUGUCCAAAAAAGAGCUGAUCGAUCAAGUGUUUGGCUUCCUAUUAGCUGGAUUUGAUACCACCAGCAUUGCUCUCACAUGGGCCCUUCUCCAGCUCUCAGAGAGACCCGAUCUUCAAGAAAAGGUCAGAGGUGAAAUGUCAUUAGUUUUGGGUGAUGAUAUAAACAGAACAAUUACACAUGAGGAUUUGGAUGCACUAAAACUCACCACUGCUGUUAUUAAAGAAACACAAAGGUUGUUUCCAGUGUUGCCUGUAAUAUUCCGAACUGCUUUAGAUGAUGACAAUUUUAAAGGUUACCACAUUCCAAAAGGAACAGUAGUAGGGUUGCACUUUGGCGCACUCCACAGAUUGAAUUGGGAUAAUCCCGAAGAAUUUGACCCAAAUCGCUUUAUGCAGCAGGAAAAUGUUGCCUCGAUGACAUUUCUUCCCUUUUCAUAUGGUCCCUACAUGUGCAUAGGGCACAAGUUCUCCAUGAUGGAAAUGAAAACAGUGCUCUCUGUUUUGCUCAGACAAUAUCGUUUUGAACCAGUCCCUGGAUUUAAAUACCGUAAAUUACAGUCUGCUGUGCUGAGACCGAACCCUCCUGCAGUUAUUCGAGUGAAACCUCGUAAUUAAAGCGUUUUUUUUUUUUUCACCUUAAGCUUGAAAUUGUAAUUUGAAAUGAACAGUGAUUAAAUAUACAUGUAUAGGAACAUCGAAAGAAACUUGUUGUACAUGAAAGAUGGUUGAUGGUUUUUUUUUUUUUAAAUGAAACUCUUAUUUUGAUCUCUCCUUCACUUGUUAAGCCAUGGUUGUCUGUUUUUCUGUCCAGCUGUCCUCCAAUCUGUCAGUCAAUCUGCCCCACUUGGUUUUCUGGACUUCUUGCGGAACACUUACUUGCAUUAAUUUAAUUUCAGUAUGUUAGUCUAACUUGAUGAGUGAAUCAAGUUUACAUUUCAUUCUUCUUGAAUAAUUUUAACGGAAUUACCGCCUAUACCGGUUGGGAACUAUUAUUGCUUGUGCAAU